UCUUACUCCUAGAAUAGUAUAUUUUUGCUUUUUAGUCACAUUUAUUGAGCAUAGUGGGUAACACCUUUGCCAAGCCUGUGGAUUAUCCUUAAACUACAAUGGAAAUGUGUCUUUGUCCUUUUCCCCUGAAGCUGAAAAAACAAAAACAGCAGCAUACCUAGGAGGUCCACAGGGCUAUAUAUUUGGAAAAGGAAAACGAAAGUAACUCAGAGGCAGCUAAGAUCCCAAGGAGAAAGGCCAUGGCUGAGGAAAAUUUGGAGCCAAAACCAGGAGACCUGAUUGAGAUUGACCGAGUUCUUUACAAACAUUGGGCCGUCUAUAUUGAUGAUGGAUAUGUGGUGCAUCUGGUUUCCGAUGAUGAGGUUCGUGAAAAUCCACCUCUUUCUCUGUCUGUCAGAACACAAAAGGCAGUAGUGAAGUGUCAGUUGCUUUCAGAAGCCUCAGGGGAAAAUAAGUGGCGAGUCAACAAUAAGCUGGAUGAAGAACACAAGCCCAAACCCAUAUGGGAAAUAGUUAUAACUGCACUCCAAAUGGUUGGAGAAAAAAUAGACUACAAUCUGUUGAAAAUGAACUGUGAGCAUUUUGCUACCGACCUACGUUACGGGCAUCCUGAAAGUGGCCAGGUCCUCAGACUAAUCGAGCAUCUUAAGGAAGCGCUCUUUGCUCCUGCUGCUGCUCCUGCUACAUCAAGAAUCCCAGAGCAUCCAGUGAUGCAGUUGAUGAAAAAUGCCCUACAGUUGUUUAGAAAUAACUCACUUACCCAUCAGUAAAAUAGGGUUUUCAGUGUAUGAUAAAUAGCAUGAACAAUCCAAAUACCGUAUAUACUCGAGUAUAAACCAACCUGAAUAUAUGCCGAAGCACCUAAUUUUACCACAAAAAGCGGGGAAAACUUAUUAAUUCGAGUAUAACAAAGGGUGGGAAAUGCAGCAGCUACUGGUAAAUUUCAAAAGAAAAAUAGAUACCAAUAAAAUUACACUAAUAGAGGCAUCAGUGGGUUUAAUGUUUUUGAAUAUUUACUGUAUUUCAAAGAAAAACAGUAACCUAGCUCUCUAAGUGGAAAGGUAGGGUCAACAAAAACAAUAAAGUAUCAACAAUAACUUUAAUAAUAAUAAUAAUAAACUUUGUAUCCUGCCCUAUCUCCCCAUGGGACACAGGCCAGCUUCCAACAUAGUAACAGGCAAACAUUCAAUGCCUAUAUAAACAAUGCAGAUCUAGAUAUAGAUCUAUAAUUAUAUAUACUAAUUUCACAUAUGCAUUUUCUCCUGAAACAUUUGCAAAUCCUCUCUCUGCAUUUUUCUCCUGCAGUAUUUGCAAACCCUAUAUAUCUAUGUUUAUAUCUAUCUAGACAUCUUUCUAUAUAUAUCUGUGUGCAUUUCCCCUGCAAUAUUUGUAAGCCCUAUAUAUCUAUAUUCAUAUCUAUCUAAACAUGUCUAUAUAUAUUUGUGUGUGUAUAUUUCCCCCUGUAAUAUUUGCAAAACCUAUAUAUCUAUAUAUAUCUAUCUAGACAGCUCUCUAUAUAUAGAUAACUAGCUUUGCCCACCCACGUGUUGGUGUGGCUUAUGGAAAUCAUUUGUUGGCCAGGUGGAAUAGCAGUGAAUUGCCUUGCAGCCUCAAAGCUUGGCCGCUUUCUGAAGUAGCUGGAGUAGCACGCUCAAUCAAAGAGCCGCUUUGAAGCCUGGCUACUUCCUUUGUAGGGGAAUCCUUGUUUGGCCAGCUUGAAUUGCACUGAAAAGUCUUGCAGCUUAAAAGCCUGGCUGCUUUCUACAUAGGGCAUCUUUCGUUGGCCAGGUUGAAUGGGACGGAGCAUCCUUGUGGCUUCAAAGCCUGGGGGUUUUUCCCCUAGGGGAAAUCUUGGUUGGCCAGGAUGAAUAGCACUGAAUAGCCUUGUUGCUUUCAAGCCUGGCCGCUUUCUACCUUGCAGAAUCCUUGGUUGGCCAGUUUGAAUAGCAAUUAAUAGUCUCAGUGUAACAGGUAUGAAUGCUGCAAUUAGCCACCUUGAUUAGCAUUUAAUGGCAUUGCAGCUUCAAAGCCUGGCUGCUUCCUGCCUGGGUGAAUCCUUUGUUGGGAAGUGUUAGCUGGCCCUGAUUGUUUCCUUUCUGGAAUUCCCAAUUUCCCUGCUUUCAGAGUGUUGCUCUUUAUUUAAUGUCCUGGUUUUAGAGAUUAUCUUGUUCUGUAUUAUUAUAUCACAGCAAUUAUUUCAUAUUAAAGUAGAGUCUCACUUAUCCAACAUUCACUUAUCCAACGUUCUGGAUUAUCCAAUGCAGUCUGCCUUUUAGUAGUCAAUGUUUUUGUAGUCAAUGUUUUCAAUACAUCGUGAUAUUUUGGUGCUAAAUUCAUAAAUACAGUAAUUACUACAUAGCAUUACUGCACAUUGAACUACUUUUUCUAUCAAAUUUGUUGUAUAACAUGAUGUUUUGGUGCUUAAUUUGUAAAAUCAUAACCUAAUUUGAUGUUUAAUAGGCUUUUCCUUAAUCCCUUCUUAAUAUCCAACAUAUUCGCUUAUCCAAUGUUCUGCCGGCCCGUUUAUGUUGGAUAAGUGAGACUCUGUUAUAUAUAUAUAUAAUCUUAUAUUAUCUGCUCAGAACUGGAUUAUAUGAGGCCCCUUCUAUACAGCUGUAUAAAAUGCACACUGAAGUGAAUUAUAUGGCAGUGUGGCCUCAAGUUAAUCCAGUUCAAAGCAGAUAAUCUAAGAUUAUAAAUGGGUAAUAUUGCUGUGUGGAAGGGCCUUGAGUCUACACUGCCAUAUAAUCCAGUUCAAAUCAGAUAAUUUGUUUUAUAGGCAGUGUGGAAGAGGCCUGAUUGAAGAGGCCCUGGGCGCCAUUGCUAGAGACAAAGUGGGCGGAGCUUACCUUUCUAACUGGCAGCAAUGGGGAAAAAACAGUUCUUCCUCUUCCUCUAAUUAGGACUUUAUUUUUCUUUUCUUUUUUUAAUUGAAAGACAUAUUUUGGAUGACUAUAUCUUUUGUGGUCAAAUUUGGUGUGAUUUGGUUCAGUGGCUUUGUUGUUUAUUCCAAAAUAAAAUGAACAUAACACACACACACACACACAUAUAUAUAUAUAUAGAUAGAUAGAUAAAGGUAAAGGUUUCCCUUGAUGUUAAGUCCAGUCGUGUCCGACUCUGGGAGUUGGUGCUCAUCUCCAUUUCUAAGCCGAAGAGCCGGUGUUUUCUGUAGACACCUCCUAGGUCAUUUGGCCGGCAUGACUGCAUGAAGCGCCAUUACCUUCCCGCCAGAGCGGUACCUAUUGAUCUACUCACAUUUGCAUGUUUUCGAACUGGUAGGUUGGCAGAAGCUGGAGCUAAGAGCGGGCGUUCACUCCGCUCCUGGAAUUUGAACCUGGGACCUUUCGGUCCGCAAGUUCAGCAGCUCAGCGCUUUAACACACUGUGCCACUGUGCAAACAUGUGAGGGGCCAGGCUGUGGCACAGGCUGGCGAAGCAGCCUGCUGCAAUAAAUCACUCUGACCAUGACCAUGAGGUCAUGAGUUCGAGGCCAGCCCGUGGCGGGGUGAGCACCCAUCAAUUAAAAAAAAAUAGCCCCUGCUCAUUGCUGACCUAGCAACCAGAAAGAUGGUUGCAUCUAUCAAGUAGGAAAUAAGGUACCACUUAUAAAGUGGGGAGGCAAAUUUAACUAAUUUACGACGUUGGAAUGAGGAAGUUCCGUCACAGUGGAUGAUGAAGCAGCUGCUCCCCCCUGUGGCCAGAAUUGAACAUCCCCUCAGGAGAAGGUUAAAAAUUGCCUCUAUGUCUGUCUCUGUCUCGAUUUUAUGUGUAUAUGGGCAUUGAAUCUUUGCCCUAUAUGUAUAUAAUGUGAUCUGCCCAGAGUCCCCUUCAGGGUGAGAAGGGUGGAAUAUAAAUACUGUAAAUAAAUAAAUAUAUAUAUACAAUUAUUUAUAUAUAUCUUCUUCAAUCACAUAGUCAUUUCUGACUCUUAGUGACCUCAUGGACCAGUCCACGCCAGAGCUCCCUGUCGGCUGUCGCCGCCCCCAGUUCCUUCAAGUUCACGCCAGUCACUUCAAGGAUACCGUCCAUCCAUCUUGCCCUUGGUCGGCCUCUCUUCCUUUUUCCUUCCAUUUUCCUCAGCAUCAUGAUCUUUUCCAAGCUUUCCUGUCUUCUCAUUAUUUGGCCAAAGUAAUUCAUCUUUGCCUCUAAUAUCCUUCCCUCCAGUGAGCAGCCGGGCAUUAUUUCCUGGAGGAUGGACUGGUUGGAUCUUCUUGCGGUCCAAGGCACUCUCAGGAUUUUCCUCCAGCACCAGAGUUCAAAAGCAUCUAUCUUCCUUCGCUCAGCCUUCCUUAUGGUCCAGCUCUCACAUCCAUAGGUUACUAUGGGGAAUACCAUUGCUUUAACUAUAUGGACCUUCAUUGCCAGUGUGAUGUCUCUGCUCUUCACUAUUUUAUCAAAGUUGGCCAUUGCUCUCCUCCCAAGAAGUAGACGUCUUCUGAUUUCCUGGCUACAGUCUGCAUCUGCAGUGAUCUUUGCACCUAGAAAUAUAAAAUCUGUCACUGCCUCCACUUUUUCUCCAUUUACAUACAUACAUACACACACAUACACACACAAAUACACACAGAGAGAGAUAUACAGUGUUCCCUCACUUAUCGCUGGGGUUAGGUUCCAGGACCACCCGCAAUAAGUGAAAAUCCGCGAAGUAGGGACACUAUAUUUAUUUUAAUAUUUAUACAUUGUUUUAGUAGUUAUACACUAUUUUAAGCUUUUAUCAACCAGUCGUGUGUUGAUAAACCACCUCCUCCCGUUGCUCCUUUUCUCUCACUUUGGCUUUUCCUUCCUCCCUUCCUUAAGCUGUAAAUUGUAAUUUUUUAUGAUUUAUAAUAGUCUUUUAGAGUUUAUUGAGAAACAGCGAAUCUGCAGAAAGUGAACCGCGAAGUAGCAAGGGAACACUACAGAUAUAUAGAUACCUCUAUAUUUUUUGAUAUCUAUAUCUAUAUAGGAUGCGCAGAAACUUGCAAUCAAGCAAGGGGAAAAUUCAUAUAUAAAAUGCACAAUGAAAAUUCACAUAUGGACAAUGGAGGACCUUCUUACAGCAACACCAGAGGCACUUGAAGUGGCUAGCUUCUGGUCAAAGGAAAUUUAGCAUAAUGUCAUGUUUUUAACUAUUCAUGGUUUUUUAUGCAUUGUAAUUGUAUUCUCAAUUCGCAUGUGACACGAUAAAUAAAAAUAAAACCUGUUUGUAACCAAUAAAGCUAUGAUUUGUACUAAGAGUA